UAAUACAGUGCUGACACCUUCGACUUCUUCCACUGACACCGAAGCAAACCAAUUCCAGUCGACAAAAAGCUAUUCUAGUAUUUUUUUUCUUUUCGACUUUCAUGACUACCGCUUCGUUUUGGUGUUUGGCGCGAAGAAAAAGAUACAAGCUGCUCGAGUUGUCAAAACGGUCAUGUUUCGACAUGAKUGUUUUUUGUUUUCUUCUUCGUAUUCCCGUUUUGGGAUCCUUUUUUGCGGGACCUCGCAUGGUGMGUCGAUACGAAGCGAAGAGAGAGARAGAGAGAAGGUGACACAAAGCAAAGCAAMUGCCACUGCUACURCUACUACUACUACUACUCUCUCUCUUUUCUUACAUACAGUAGAUAUAGAAUCCGAAAUCAUCAUGUAUUCUACGGCRCCCUUUUUGUCUCUGCUCCCCGUAGCUCUCUUUGUGGCCUACCUGGUAUGGAAGGAGGUGAUUUGGUACUUCGCUUGCGUCCCGGUUGUGGCCUKGGCCUCGAUUUUGCUAUCGUGCCUGGAGUCGGAGGACUACGGGUAUACUUCACCCGUCGAUUGGCUGCUCUGUCCGCGAACCCUGCCGGUCCGUGAUCCCAAUCGGUCGACCGUGGUAGUCCUGGGGUCCUCCAGGGGCCUGGGAAGGGACCUUUUGGCGAGCCUUGUCGCAAAGGGCUACUUUGUGGUGGGCACGGUCCGUAAGCCAGUUGACGCCGAGUCCCUGGUCGGGGAAUUCGGGACCGACAGGGUCCUGCCCGUAUUUCURGAGCUGACCAGCGACGAAUCGAUCCGAAACGCCUGCCAACAAAUCGCGGGCUUUUUCAAGGGGCAAGGCGGAACCGUUGUCGAACCAUCGCGGCAYCUUGCRGCCAUUGUGGCAAUGGCCGGCAUCACCUCCAUGGGGCCCUUCGAGGGCGUUCCCUUCGACCAGCUCCGGACYCUGUUGGAAACMAACGUCCUCGGGACGAUGCACGUCCUGCACCGGSUGAUGCCGAUCGUCCGGGCCCACCAAGCCCGCAUCGUGGUAGCGGGGGCCCCGGACGUSCCCCUGCCCCAGUACGCCGUGAAAUCCGCGUGCAACGGGGCCCUCCUGGCCUUUACCCGCGCGCUCCGGGCGGACCUGUGGGGCCUGGGGGUCUCCGUUUCGAUCGUCCAGCCGGCRGCGACGAGGGGGGGAAUGGUGGUGCACGGCCCGAAGAUGGUGCGAACGACGCGGGAGGCCAUGCCCCCUUCGCUCCGUGCCGUGUACCCACCGGGAUUCCGGCUGAUGAUGCGGAACGAGGGAGCCGGAGACUUUGGGCUGGACCCGGGGUGGGCCACCCGGGCCUUUGAGCACGCCAUUUCUUCGCCGAGGCCAAAAACGCGGUAUUCCACGACUCCACCCGGGACCGCUCUGUAUUUUGCGUCGUUCUUGGUGCCGGAUCGAWUGCUGGAGAUGCUGAUGUUUAUGGGACCCCUGGGGCCGGGAGGACCCGAGGUAGUGGUGGGAGAAAGCGAAGAGGAACCCACCAAGACGAAAACAAUGUAGAUAGUGAAGCCGAUGUAAAGUAAAAGMAUGGAUCGCUG